CAUAAGGUCAGGUGAAAGCAUAAAAAAGAGGCUGUUGCUGCUUUUUUAGGGGGGUUUGCUCUUACUAAAAACACCCCGAGCAGAAGUGGAAAGGUUGAUAUUGUCGCUGAAGUCCUGUUUAAGGUUGUCAUCUCUCAGAAAACUGCUUGUUUUAUCCCUAAAAGUUGUGGCGUGGGAGAAGAGACCAGCUGAGACUGAAUGGCUGAAGGCUCCUCAGAUCCACCUGACCUCAAUCCAGAUGGGACGUCCCAUCAAAAGCCCAACCAGCACAAAUCCAGACGGGGUCGACCGAGACACAACAACGACAGAAACCUAAACGGGAACAGAUCCGAUCCUCCUCAGCAGCACGGAUACUUCCACCAAGGCUUCGGCCAUAAUAAUUCACACUAUGCAGCUCCUCAGCAUCCUCCGUACGAGGGAGAGGACGGAGGCAGGAGGAGAGGGAGAGGGAGAGGGAGGAGGGAAGGGAAUAGAGGAGUAAAUGGGAACUCUGGACCACGGUGGCAAAGACCAGGAGGUGCAGGCGGCUUCCAGUCAGGUCCACAUCCAGGAGACGGACCUGAUGUGCCAAACUGGAGGAGAGAAGACACGGGAAGAAACUUUGAACCUACAAAUGAAAGGAGAGACCACAAUGAGAAAGGCACUAAUGUAAAAGAGAGCUACACGAACACCAAAGGAGAGAACUAUGCAUCAGAACCAAGGGAGAGGACGCAGAGGAGCAGGACCGGUCCGGAGUCAGACCCCCAACGUGACGACCACCAGAGGAAACGACGGCACGGGCCGAUCAAACCGCCCAAACCGCCGGCUCAUCAGGAGGAAGCGUGCUCGGAGAGGGGAGCCACGGGGCAGGAGAACCCGGGACACGGCAGGGCUGAGAGAGAAAGAGAGAGAGGCUCGGGACGACACACGCCGCUCCAGACCAGAGGGCAGAGAAGACCGCACCAUCACCAGAACCACCAUCAGAACCACCACAGGCCCGGACAGAGGAGCUGGAACAAGAUACCAGAGAGCAAAGAGACUCAGACCGGGUGUCUGAUAGAACAGCUGUCGGGGGAGAAGUACGAGUGCAUGGUGUGCUGUGACGUCAUCCGGCACAUGGCCCCGGUGUGGAACUGCCAGAGCUGCUUCCACGUCUUCCAUCUGAACUGCAUCAAGAAGUGGGCUCGAUCCCCGGCCUCACAGGCAGACGAGUCAGCUGAAGGUUGGCGUUGUCCUGCCUGCCAGAACGUUGCACCGAAACAACCAACGACCUACACCUGCUUCUGUGGUAAAGUGACGAACCCCGAGUGGCAGCGUAGUGAGAUUCCUCACAGCUGUGGCGACAUGUGCGGGAAGAAGAGGAGCGGAGUGGACUGCAACCAUCCCUGUAACAUCUUAUGUCACCCUGGACCGUGUCCGCAGUGUCCGGCCUUUGUGACGAAAUCCUGCACCUGUGGAAAAACCAGUCAGCCGAUGCGCUGCGGCCAAGCUACGGUGCUGCAGUGUGACAAAGUGUGCGGCGCUGUGCUCAACUGUGCACAACACACCUGCGCUCAGGUUUGCCACAGCGGGGCGUGUCAGCCGUGCCAGCUGCAGCUUCAGCAGGUUUGCUACUGUGGCGUCACCUUUCGUAAAGCCCUGUGUGGGACGGAUAAAGAUGGAUUUGAUGGUUCGGGACAUUUCUCCUGCCAGAAAAUAUGUGGACAGAUGCUAAACUGUGAAGCUCAUCGGUGCCAGCAGGUGUGUCACCGUGGCCCGUGCCAGCCAUGCCCUCGCUCGCCGAGCCUGGUGAAGACGUGUCCCUGCAGUCAGACGCCGCUCGUCAAACUACUGGAGCUGGGAUACUCCGAACGACAGAGCUGCACCGAUCCCGUUCCCUCCUGUGGAAAGACGUGCAACAAACCUCUGGCCUGUGGCUCCAGCGACAUCAUCCAUCUGUGUGAGAAGAUGUGCCACGAGGACAGCUGUGGGCCGUGCUCCCUGACCUCGACUAUUAGGUGCAGAUGUGGAUCCAAGACAAAAGAAGUCCCAUGCGCUAUAAUCCAAAAAGAAGAUGAGCUCGUCUUUACGUGCGAGAGACGCUGCAACAAGAAACGCUCCUGUGGUCGACACAAGUGUGGCGAGCUGUGCUGCGUGAACACGGAGCACAAGUGUCCCCUCGUCUGCGGCUACAAACUCAACUGCGGCCUCCAUCGCUGCCAAGAGCCUUGUCACCGUGGAAACUGUGAACCCUGCUGGCAGUCCAGUUUUGACGAGCUGACGUGUCACUGCGGUCUCACCGUGUUGUACCCUCCCAUCCCCUGCGGCACCAAGCCACCAGAGUGCAAAAACCUGUGCACUAGACGACAUGAAUGUGACCACCCAGUGUUUCACAACUGCCACAGUGACGAGAAGUGUCCACCUUGCACGUACCUCACUCAGAAAUGGUGCAUGGGAAAGCACGAGCAACGCAGCAACAUCCCGUGUCACCUGCAAGACAUUUCCUGCGGCCUGAUGUGUAACAAAGAGCUGCCGUGUGAAUCGCACCGCUGCAAACGCAUCUGCCACCGGAGCGACUGUCUGGCAGAGGGCGCGUGCCGCCAGCCGUGCACGCUGCCUCGGCCAGAGUGCGGCCACCCGUGCGCCGCUCCGUGUCAUAAAGGCAGCAGCUGCCCUCGCACCACCUGCACCGCCAAGGUAGCGCUGCAGUGUGAAUGCGGGAGAAGGAAGGAAAUGGUUGUUUGCACCGAGGCGACUACUUCCUAUCAGAGGUACGCAGCGAUCGCCAUGGCCAGUAAACUGUCUGACAUGCAGCUCGGAGACUCCAUGGACAUCGGACCGCUGCUCUCUAAGAAAGAGCGUAAAAACACCAGGCUUGAAUGUGAUCAGGAAUGCGCCACUCUGGAAAGGAACAAGCGUCUGGCGGAGGCUCUGCAGAUCGACUCGUCCUCCGACCCGUUCAACGUCCGCUCCACCUCCAUCUACAGCGACAGCCUCAAAGACGACGCCAGAAAAGACCUGAAGUUUGUCACAGAGGUCGAGGAGGAGAUCAAGAAUCUUACAGAGCUCGCUAAUAAGGGAAAACAGGCGAAGAGGAGCCACUGCUUCCCGCCGAUGAACCGGGAACACCGGAAGAUCAUCCACGAGCUGUCGGAGGUUUACGGCGUCGAGAGCGUGAGCUACGACAGCGAACCCAAACGCAACGUCAUCAUCACGGCACACAAAGGGAAGUCGGUCUGUCCGAGCUCGACGUUGACGUCUCUGAUCGAGCGGGAGACGGCAGCGAGGGCCCCUCCCCCCAUCGCUCACAUCAAACAACACAGCAGCAGCAAGGUGACCAGUGGAAGCAGCUGGUCGAAGAUGGUGAAAGAAGAACCUGUGAUAGAUUAUUUUGACGUCCAGGAUUAAAUAUAAAAGUAAUAAUUAAUAAUAAUAACGACGACGACUACGACGACGACGAGGCCAAAAGGAGGAAAACGUCACAAUCAGUUCAAACAUCGUUGAAAUCUGCCAAAAAUUAAAAGCUCGCUCUCAUCUUCUCAAAAGCUUUUUUUUUCUUCCACAAUAAAAGUUCUUCCGGUUUUUUCUUAAUCAAAUAUAAAAAAAAAAUAGUUUGAGAAUAUCUCUUUAAGAUGUGAUCGCCCUCCGGGGAACGCUCACUUCACUUCAC